GAGAGAGAUCACGUGAAUGUAGAGUUGUUAAACAUCAAUGAAGGACCUGUACAAGAUGACUGAAAAAGACAUUACAGAACAUCAGCCUCUACUGAGAAAGCAACAAGAGAUAAAGGUUCCCAAUAAGAGACUGCUCAUGGUGGUUUGGGCUGCAGGAAUUGGAGGAACUUUUCAGUACGGCUACAACAUCUCCAUCAUAAAUGCUCCAACCAAGGCAAGAAGUGCACCGAUUUAUUAACCAGACAUGGAUGCAGCGUUAUAACACAAACAUCUCAGCAGAGCUCCUCACAUUGAUCUGGUCCUCUAUUGUCUCUGCUUUCACCAUCGGGGGAUUAGUAGGAGCUUCAGUUGGAGCCUCACUCACGGUGCGCUGUGGAAGAAAAAGAACGCUGUUGAUCAACAACUCAUUUGCUAUUUUAGCAGCAGUGCUAAUGGGCCUGAGUUCUCUUACUACUGCGUUCGAGCUGCUCAUCGCUGGCCGUUUCAUCUGCGGGAUAAACGCAGGUGUAGGGCUUUGUGUUCAGCCCCUGUACUUUGGAGAGAUUGCCCCCCGUGCUCUGCGUGGCACCGUGGCGAUGGGAACUUCUAUUUUCAUCACAGGAGGAAUUCUAACAGGACAAGUGAUGGGACUGACUGAACUGUUGGGUGGAGAGCAGUAUUGGCCUCUCCUCCUCAUGUCCCCGUGUGUUCCUGCUGUCCUUCAGCUCAUUUUCUUGCCGCAUUUUCCUGAAAGUCCUCGAUUUUUGCUGAUCGACCAAGAGGAUGAAGCUGCAUGCACCACCGCUCUGACGCAGCUCUAUGGUGGAGAACAUUUCCAGGUUGAGAUGGAGGACAUGCAGCAAGAGUGGAUCAGCGCUGAAGGAAUCAAGCCCAAAACACCCUGGCAGCUUUUCACUGAGUGCAGCCUUCGCUGGCCGCUCUUCAUCAUCAUCUUACUCAGCACAGCACAGCAGCUCAAUGGAAUCAACGCAAUUUAUUUCUAUGCAGCAUAUGUCUUCAGUGAAGCUAGAAUUCCAGCUGAGAAUAUUCCGUAUGUCACAGUGGGAACUGGAGCGUGUGAGUGUAUAACAGCACUAACAUGUAGUUUACUGAUUGAAUGUUUAGGAAGGCGAGCUCUGAUUAUUGGAGGAUACUCUCUCAUGGCUUUGUGGUGUAUCUGCUUUACUCUCGCACUCAGCUUUCAGAAGUCCAGCUCCUGGGUGCCGUAUCUCAGCAUGCUCUGUGUCUUUGCCUUCAUCCUCAGCUUCGGCCUCGGACCAGGUGGCGUAACAAACGUUCUGAUCACAGAGCUCUUCACUCAGAGCACUCGCCCUGCAGCAUACAUGAUUGCCAGCUCAGUCAACUGGCUCAGCUUCUUCAUCAUCAGCAUGGUGUUCCCCUUCAUAGUGAAUGGACUGAAGCAGUUCUGUUUCCUCAUCUUUUUGGUGAUUUGUUGUCUUCUGGCCACAUUUAUCUUCUUUUUUGUGCCAGAAACUAAAAACAAGACGUUUCUGGAGAUCCAAUCUGAAUUGAGCAGAAAGAGGACCAAAAAAUCUGAAGUGCCUCAGCUGUCCACCUCACUGUGACUCUUCAUCCUGUCUGUCUCUGUGACCUGGACAUGGUUACUCUCUCUGAUGAUUCACAGCAGCUUAUAGAUAUUUAGCUGUUAUAAUCACACUUUGUAUGGUUGCAGUAAACACUGUAUUAUCCUCAGUAACUUUGCUUUCUGUUUAUCAGACGUGUUACUGUCUGAAUGUUUUCUCUGCUCUUCUGAUGAAGUGUCAUAUUCAGAAUUUGGAGAAGACUGUUUCGUUCUUCCUACUUGAUCAUGGCUGUAAUGACAAUAAAGCUAUACUCCACA